AUGGAACAAAGGAACAAUGUGACUGAGUUUGUCCUCUUGGGGUUCACUCAGAGCAUCCAGGGUCAGAAAAUAUUAUUUGUCGUGUUCUUGCUCAUCUACAUUGUGACGAUAGUGGGCAACCUACUCAUUGUCCUGACUGUGGUGUUCAGCCCAACCCUGGAUACCCCCAUGUACUUCUUUCUUGGCUACUUGUCAUUUAUGGAUGCUGUUUAUUCUACUACUGUCACCCCAAAUAUGAUUCUAGACUUACUCUAUGAGAAAAAAUACAUUUCAUUCCAAGCUUGUAUGACCCAGCUUUUCACAGAGCACUUAUUUGGUGGUGCUGAGAUUUUACUCCUGGUGGUCAUGGCCUAUGACCGCUACGUGGCCAUCUGCAAACCCUUGCAUUAUUUGACAAUCAUGAAUCAGCGAGUGUGUGUUCUGCUGCUGCUCUUGGCCUGGGCUGGUGGGUUUUUACAUGCUAUAGUUAAUAUUCUCUUUGUUUACAACCUUCCUUUCUGUGGUCCCAAUAUCAUUGACCACUUUGGCUGUGACAUGUACCCUUUACUAAAACUUGCCUGCACUGACACUCACAUUAUUGGCCUCACAGUGGUUGCCAAUGAUGGGGUAAUCUGUGUGGUUCUCUUUAUGCUCUUACUCACCUCCUAUGGGGUCAUUCUGCACUCCCUGAAGAAUGUUUGUCAAGAAGGGAGGCGCAAAGCCUUAUCCACUUGUGGCUCCCACAUCACUGUGGUGGUCCUCUUCUUUGUGCCCUGUAUUAUUAUGUAUGUGAGACAUCCUUCCACCUUACCCAUUGAUAAAUCCUUGGCUGUAUUUUACAGCAUUAUCACCCCUAUGCUGAAUCCUCUAAUCUAUACUCUGAGAAAUGGAGAGAUGCAAAAUGCCAUGAAAAAGCUCUGGAACAGGAAUGCAAUAUCAUAUAAUAAAUGA